CCGAUGCCGUCUUGAUACAAGUUUCGCGUGAUGGCGAAUUGUUGUCUUGUUCUUCUGACAUUGACGAUGACCGAACCAUGAUUCCCUUCUACCCUUCGGUCGCAGACUUUCCACGGGGAUUACGAAGGGUUCGCCGUUCUGACCUCACCGAGAUUGAUCGACUAGGAGUUCAGGCGGAUCUCACGACCUAUGAAUCUCUCCCAGGACAGAUAACACGUGUUGCCUUCAAGUACUACUUGAACCAGGCCAACAUUGCUGUUUUCUGGCACGAGAUAAACUGCCUCAUACGCAUCCCGAAAUACCCCAACAUCGUCCAGUUCGAUUCCCUCGUCGUCGACACCGUCGAUAGCGAGGACAAGGUCGUCGGCUUUACCACGAAUUUCAUCCCGGGAGGUACCGUCUUGGACAACGUGAGCCGAGUCUUCAAGCUUAAGUAUCUGAAACAACUCAUCGAGGUCGUCGACUACAUCAACCUCAGAUGGGGCAUUGUUCACGGUGACAUAUGCCCUUGGAACCUGCUGAUCAACCCCGAGACGGAUGACCUCCAAAUCUUUGACUUCAACUUGUCCGCAAAGCUCGGCUGGGAAGGUGACGUGCAGAACAAUGGUGCCUUUGGCUAUGACGUCGAUCGCAAUGAUGUCAAAUUUGUCGUCUUCACUCUUUACGAGAUUAUUACCCGCGAUCUUCACUUUCGCGAGGAGUGUCAUCCUAAUGAGUUGGAUUCCUCCGUAGUGCUCGAGAUGGAUGCGUGGGAACAGCACGCUGAAGUUCGCCUCGACAGCCCUGUGUCGGAUUAUCGGCGGGUGCUCAAGGAAUGGGUCAAUACCAGGAAGAAGGUCGACCAGGGGAUUACCCACUAUACGCAAGCGCCGGACGCCAUUGACUGGCCACCAUUGCCAGAGUUUCCACUUGUGCCUUUCGUAGGCAGUAUGAUGCGGAAGCCGGCACAGAUGCGCCAAGAAAUGAUAAGGCGGGGUGUGGAAUUCCUUAGGUGGCAGCGGCCGGGAAGUUGUGAGCUUCCACUGCCUCGGCCACAACGUCUUCUUGCUACGGGAGAGAUUUUCCAUGAUGACGUCGGCGGGAAAGACGCGGUGGAUGUUGUGGAAGUUGAGGGGACUUCAUAGGGAAUGGGGAAGAUUGAUCAGAAGACCUAGUGAUCUAGCCUGGACACACAUGUAAAUGGAGUCUGGAAAAGUAUCAAUAUUAGAGAGGUUUCGCAAUUUUUGAAUAUAAAAUGAACAUCGUAAUUAGCGC